AAAUACUGCUGGUGCUCUCAGACUGGUGUUCAAGUGACCAAACAACUUCCAGUACCUCGACUAAGAAAUAUGGUAGGAAAUCAGCGUUUAAAAUACAGAGGCUACAAGAAAUUGCGUACGAUUGAACCAUUGUAUACAGGUGGCCCGGUAGCGAUCACCUCGAAUGGUUCAAACAUUGUCACCUGUCUCUCUGGAGAGGCGCUGUUUACGGACGUAAAACGUGGCCGAUUACUAUGUCGAUUCCCGAGUGAUGGCCAAAGUAUUACUUCACUUUGUUUGACGCCGGAUGCAUCCCACCUCGUCACUUUUACGGAUGCACCUUCUCUCAGGCUUUUUAAGAUUCCCAAAACGCUUACUGGCCAACCUGCCCCACCCUCUCGAAUAACAGCCCGUCCACAUGAUGCUCCAGUCCAUGUGUGCGCUGUCGACCCAACUUCAACUUACCUUGCGUCCGGAUCAGCGGACGGUGUCGUAAAGGUCUGGGAAAUAUCCACCGGGCAUGUGACUCACGUAUUCAAGGGGCACGGUGGUGUAGUUAGUGCGUUGAAGUUCAAUUUUCCAAGAAACGAGUCUCUCGGCCAACAUGAACGUGUCGCCCAGCUUAUAACCGCCUCUGUUGACACCAAGAUACGGGUGUUUGACUUAACGGCAACGUCGAGGAACGAUCAGGGGGCACUGCGUCCUGUUGCUGUUCUUGAGGGUCAUGUCUCUGUACCCCGUGGCUUGGACGUCACACCAGACGGCAAAUGGCUUCUCAGUGGCGGGAGAGAUGCGGUGGUUUUGAUAUGGGACAUGACCUUUUCUGGUGCAACCCUUGGCCAAAACAAGGGCAAGUCCAAAGCUUUGGUCACCAGUCCCACCCCGGUCAAGACUAUCCCCGUAAUGGAACGGGUGGAAGCCGUCGGAUUUGUCCACUGCGACUGUGACGGCUCCUCCACGGCCGCCGAUCAACAUCUAUUUACUGCUGGAGAAAAGGGCGUUGUUAAAAUAUGGAAUUGGAAAGGAACUCUCCUUCAUCAUCUGGGCACAGGUUGGGAACAGGAGCAGGAGGAGCAGCGACAGGUACUUGAAGCGAUGUACAUACCGACUCUGGAAGCUGUCCUUUCCGUUCACGCAGACCAGAAUAUCUUCAUCCACUCUGUUAAUUCCGGAAAACUUACCCAGCAGUUGAUUGGAUUUAAUGACGAAAUUGUUGACGCAGCCUUCUUAUCUCCGGCAGUUUAUCCUUCGAAUGCCUCCGAAAGCAGCGUCCAUGACAAUUACAUUGCCCUCGCUACCAAUUCCUCUCUGAUUCGUGUAUACUCGACUUCGGGUUCUAGUGUUCAACUGCUACCUGGCCACUCGGACAUUGUGUUGUCUCUGGACAGAAGUGCAGGUGGUCAUGUGUUUGCAAGCGGUAGCAAGGAUAACUCUGCGAGAAUAUGGGCCCCUUCGCAUUCGUCAGCCGUCAGCGCGCAGUGGACUUGCGUCGCUUUCUGCGAGGGCCACGCAGGGAGUGUUGGGGCGGUUGCAAUAUCUCGGACGCAUAGUGACACCGAUACACGACUUCGGUUCUUAUUUACUGGCAGUCAGGACCGCACGAUAAAAAUGUGGGAUUUGUCGGACGUCCCACUGACGAGUGACGACCAACAGGUCCUUAAAUGUCGCAGCCUUACAACGUUUAAGGCUCACGAAAAGGAUAUAAACUCCCUCGACGUUGCACCAACCGACCAAUUACUGGCAUCGGGGUCACAAGACCGCACAGCAAAUGUCUACGAAAUCUUCUAUUGUCCGUCUUCCGGGUCAAGACCUCCGUCUGGCGAAAUUAAGAUCCUGGGGACAUGCAAAGGGCAUAAACGGGGUGUCUGGAAUGUGAAGUUUGGGAAGACGGAACGUGUUCUGGCUACAGGCAGCGGUGACAAGACCAUAAGACUGUGGAAUCUGGAGGACUUUACCUGUGUAAAGACAUUCGAGGGACAUGCCAACUCAGUUCUCCGCGUGGACUUCAUCAAUCACGGAACUCAGUUGGUUAGUUCCGCAUCCGAUGGCCUUGUGAAGCUCUGGAGCACAAGGGAAGAAGAAUGCACUGCGACGUUGGAUAACCAUGAGGACAAGGUCUGGGCUCUUGCUAUCAGCACAGACGAGCGGGUUAUAGUUUCUGCAGCUGCUGAUUCUGUUGUCACGUUUUGGGAAGACUGCACUGAGGAAUAUGAACAAGAAAAAGAAGCGAAGCGCGUUGAGCAGGUUCUCAAAGAACAAGACUUCGUGAAUUAUAUCGCGCUGCAUGACUACCGCAGAGCAAUAGAGCUUGCGCUCUCUAUGCAGCAACCUGGGAAGUUGUUUUUACUGUUUGGGGAUAUCAAGUCAUCAGCGACAGAGUCCUUGUCAGUAAGCAAUGGAUCCGUGACUGGCCAUCUGGCAGUAGAUGAGGUACUCCGUUCGUUAUCUGGGCAAGACCUUGCACUACUCUUGCGGUACGUUCGCGACUGGAACUCCAAUGCCAAAACGAGUGGGGUCGCUCAAAGUGUCUUGUACGCUAUGGUGAAACUACGGCCCAUCGAAGACAUCGUCUCUGCCUUUGGAAACGAGUCGUCGGACGCCCUUUCGUCCGAAGCUAACCCCCGAAAGCAGGCAGGCGGAAGAACCGCGUUCAAGGAGUUGAUUGAUAGUUUGAUUCCAUACACACAACGUCACCUCUCUAGGUUGGGCCGAUUAGUCCAGGAAAGCUUUGUCCUGGACUACAUUUUAAGUGAAAUGGAUGGAGAGAUUUUCGAAGGGGAGGGCCACGUGGUAGCGGGCGAAUGAUGCGCACGAGUUGAUUGACCAAAAAAAAAAGUAUACGUAUUCCCAUCUUUAAUCGUGUAUUCGCACCCUUCCCAGUCGACAGCCAAUGACACCAUUGAAGA